ACGUGCUCAGUCCCGGAAGCGGCUCUGGGAAGCUGCCCAGCGCGCCGCCGGAGGAAGCGCAGCGCGGUCCGCUCGGGUCGGGUCCGGCUGGGCUAUGGAGCCGUUGCCUGAGCUCGCGCCCCGGCUCGGGCCUCGCUGUCUUCUGCUUCUUCCCCUGCUGCUGCUACAGCCGGCACCGGAGCUGGGCCCGAGCCAGGCCCAAGCCGAGGAGACCGACUGGGUUCGCUUGCCCAGCAAAUGCGAAGUGUGUAAAUAUGUCGCUGUGGAGCUGAAGUCAGCCUUUGAGGAAACUGGCAAGACCAAGGAGGUGAUUGACACUGGCUAUGGCAUCCUGGACCGGAAGGCCUCCGGAGUCAAAUACACCAAGUCGGACUUACGGUUAAUCGAAGUCACCGAGACCAUUUGCAAGAGGCUCCUGGACUAUAGCCUGCACAAGGAGAGGACCGGCAGCAACCGGUUUGCCAAGGGCAUGUCAGAGACCUUUGAGACGCUGCACAACCUGGUGCACAAAGGGGUCAAGGUGGUGAUGGACAUCCCCUACGAGCUGUGGAACGAGACCUCUGCAGAAGUGGCUGACCUCAAGAAGCAGUGCGACGUGCUGGUGGAAGAGUUCGAGGAGGUGAUCGAGGACUGGUACAGAAACCACCAGGAGGAGGACCUGACUCAGUUCCUCUGCGCCAACCACGUGCUGAAGGGCAAGGACACCAGUUGCCUGGCAGAGCAGUGGUCUGGCAAGAAGGGGGACACAGCCGCCCUGGGAGGGAAGAAGUCCAAGAAGAAGAGCAGCAGGACCAAGGCGUCAGGCAGCAGCAGCAAACAGAGGAAGGAGCUAGGGGGCCUCGAAGGAGACCCCAGCCCCGAGGAGGAUGAGGGCAUCCAGAAGGCAUCCCCCCUCACACACAGCCCCCCUGAUGAGCUUUGAGCCUAACCCAGUGCCCCUGUCCCAAGAGCCCUGACCUGGAAGCUGAAGAGUCCAGGGCAUGGCUCCAGCAGGCAAAGACGGCUCUCCUGGGCUCGGGGCCUCCCCGCCUCUGCUGUGCCCUCCUCCUGACAGGGGCGACAUGAGCCUGGGCAGGACUCAGAUCAGCUGUGGUCAGCCCGCGCUGGCCUUACCCUCUGCCGAGCGUGUCUCUCCUGACCCAGGCUUCAGACAGGCCAUGCGAUUUCAGGACUGCCGAGGACGCCGGUGUGAACUCAGGAGGGGCAGGUGGCGGAGCUGGGCCCCAGGACUGGAGCCCUCCAAGCUGGAGCCCUGGUGC